CUCUCGGUUUUGCUUUGAUUAGAGUGGUAAUGGAAGGGCAGAACACGAAGUCGAAGCUCACGAGGACGCCUUCCUCGCUUCUACGUUCACCGACCCUUCGCUCCUCCGUUCACAGUCUCUCCGCUCUCGAAGAGAUCAAUUCCGACCCUGAGGAGGCCAAGCCGCAUUUGCCACCGGUCUCGUCAGCCGCUGCCUCCAGUCUAGCUGGUUACUCUGGCCACCGUCUUGCCAUCCUUUCCCUUCUCCUAUUACUCAUUCUCGUGUUCUCGUACUUUUUCCUCCGCUACCAGUCUCCCUCUCUGUGGUUUCUCUCCAUCGCCUCCCCGGCUGUCGUCGCCGCCUUGAAAAGGUCCCGCCUUUCCCUCUUCCGUCGCCGCGAGACGGUAAGAUGGUUCAUUGGCGACGAGGAGGGGGACGUGGAGAACCCGAGUCCGAAAAAGGAGGGGAAGGCCGUGCGCGAAGGGAUUGAGGUCUACAGCAACGGGGAUUUCUAUGAGGGAGAAUUCCACAGAGGAAAGUGCAACGGGAAUGGGGUUUAUAAUUUUUUCGGACAUGGGAGGUACGAGGGCGAUUGGGUUAAUGGCCUGUAUGAUGGCUAUGGGAUCGAACGGUGGGCGAAGGGGAGCCGGUAUAGCGGUCAGUAUCGCCAUGGACUGCGGCAUGGGUUUGGGGUUUAUCGCUUCUAUAAUGGUGAUAGCUAUGCGGGCGAGUGGGUGGCUGGGCAGAGCAAUGGCAGAGGUGUGCAGAGAUGCUCGGAUGGGAGCUUUUAUGUUGGGGAGUUCAAGUGCGGGGUGAAGCAUGGAGUAGGGUUCUACCACUUUAGAAAUGGUGAUAAAUAUAUGGGCGAGUACUUUGGUGACAAGAUUCAUGGUUUCGGAGUGUACCAUUUUGCCAAUGGGCAAUGCUAUGAGGGUUCAUGGCAUGAAGGAAGAAGGCAAGGUUUUGGAACAUACACUUUCAGAAGAGGUGAAGCCAGAUCAGGAGAAUGGAACUGUGGAGCUCUAAAGAGCCCUCUCCCCUUUGCUGACACCAAUGUUCAAAGAGCUGUGCAGUCUGCUAGAGAAGCUUCAGAGAAAGCUAUUAUCCUUCCUCGUGUUGAAGAGCAAGUAAACAAGGCAGUCGCCAUGGCAAAUAGAGCGGCUACAGCCGCUCGCGUAGCGGCUAUCAAAGCCGUGGAGAAUCAAAUGAACGGAAAAUUUUGUAACACAGAAACUUGAGGUGAACGAUAUUACAUAAUCCAUCUUCUAAUUGUAUAUUUUAAUUAUGAUGUUUUAGAUCUAUUUAGCAUGUUAGUGAUCACAGGGGUAAACCCUUUCUGAUCAUCCUGUGAGUGAGGGAAAUAGAUUUUUAUUCUAAGGUAAGGAAGAUAGUAAUACUGCCUUUAUCUCCAAGAUGUACAUAUACCCCACAAGUUUUCUUUUUUGAAUCAUAUUGUGGUAUUUUCUUUA